GACAUCCUGCAAAGCUCUUAUCUACCGGAAACAUGGACCUUAUUCUGAAGUUUUAAAGCUAGAAAAUAUUUUGAUUCCUCACAUUGGCCACGAUGAAAUCCAUAUCAGGAUGUUGGCUGCUCCAGUUAACCCUGCAGAUGUUAACAUGCUACAAGGAAAUUAUGGGAUUUUACCCAACUUACCAGCAGUAGGUGGCAAUGAAGGAGUUGGGGAAGUAAUUAAAGUUGGCUGUCAAGUACAUAAUUUAAAGCCAGGACAAUGGGUGGUUCCAAUUGACUGUGGCUUUGGUACAUGGAGAACUGAAGCAGUUUGCAAGGCAAAUGAAGUGAUUGCAGUUGAUAAAGAUAUCUCUGUGAUAAGCGCAGCGACUCUCAGUGUAAACCCAUGCACUGCAUAUAGGAUGCUGACAGACUUCAUGACUUUGAGACCAGGUGAUACUGUAAUUCAAAAUGGUGCAAACAGUGGUGUGGGACAAGCUGUGAUACAGAUUUGUGCAUCGAUGGGAGUAAACACUAUUAACGUCAUUAGAGACAGGUCUAACUUGAGUGAAAUGAUAAAGAAACUGCAGUCACUUGGUGCUAACUAUGUUAUUACCGAGGAUAUGCUACAGAAUGAAGGAAUGGCACAUCUCUUUAAGGUAGGUGAAAGGCCUAAAUUAGCUCUCAACUGUGUAGGCGGAAGCAGUGCUGGAAAUCUUUUCUGCCAUCUCAAAGAUGGAAGCACUAUGGUCACAUACGGAGGAAUGUCAAGAAAGCCCACACCUUUACCUGCUAAAGCACUGAUAUUUAAAAACAUGAAAGUCUGUGGCUUUUGGAUGACACAGUGGAAGAGAAACCAUUUACAUGGACUCAACAAAGCUCAUGACAAUGGUGUCAGACUUGACAGAGAUGAUAAGAAGAGGACAGCUGUCAGAACCCAGUUACACAGAAGUUCCAUUUUGUAACUUCAGCAAAGCACUACAAGCUACGAUGGAUGCUUACACUAACAAACAUGUACU